CGAGUGGUCCAGACAGUCGUUGGCGUUCGCUCCGCGCGUGCCCUGCUGCUGAAGGUCUGUCGCGAUAGCGCGCUGGAAUAUGGCCAGUGUACUGCCCAGUCCGCCGUCCAGCGACGACCACCUGACCACGGUGGGGUUCUUCAGUCACGUGCCGGCUUGGACUACUACGACAAUGCUGCCCGGUCUUUGUCGGAGCCGCGACUUCGGCUGCCGGCCCUGCACACCCGAGACGCCAGACGACUCAUCCAGCCGCGACUCCGACUCCGGCUGCUCGCCGAACCACGUUCUCAAGGACGACAGUUGUGCACAGGAUGCGUGCACGAUGGUGACGUCAUCGUCCGCGUCAGCGUCACCCAAGUCGGCGUACAAGCACGUGCCACACCGAGAGAAACCCCCGCACCUUGUGGCCCGCAGGAAUGCCAGAGAGCGACGCAGAGUGCAGGCAGUGAACAACGCCUUCUGCAGGCUACGGAAGUGCGUGCCGGUCGAGAACAGGGCCAAGAGACUGUCAAAGGUCAAAACGCUCCACAGGGCCAUCGAAUACAUUCAGGCCCUUCAACGCCUUCUAACAGAGGCUGACAAGGCUGUUACGUCAUCUACCGCACCUGAAGAGGUGUGCGCACCAAGCGCCAUCUACCAGGAAACGCCAGAGCCAGUCUGCGACAAGGAGAACGAUGCUAGUCAACGGUGGAUCACUUUGGAAAAUGCAUCCGUGUGUGGAGCGGAGAGCUAUCCCGGUUACCUCAACUUCUAUGAAGAAUGUGGCAUUGCGUUUGCCAGUUGACUUUCUUGAAGCAGUUUAUGAAAUUUGGUUGACCUAUACCUUCACAUACUCCUGCGCACUGUGUGCCUUGCUGACGGGCAUCUGAUGACGUCGUUCACGUCGAAGACACGUGACACAUUCCGGAAACUAUCGACAUGUAUACCUCAGCAGCUACUCCAGGUAGCAAGACUUCUUAAGACGCCAGUGAUGACACUAUGCAUGCAUUAUUGUACCGUCAUUAAUUCCCAGGAAUCGUAACGUGAUGCAUUCUCAGGACGCGUGAUAUUGUUCUUGCCGAGCAGUUGUGACAUUGAUAGUGUUCGUGCCGAGCAGUUGUGACAUUCAGGACUUUUUGAAUAUCAUCCAACAUCAAUGAGUAUUCAUGAACUUCACGAAUAUCGUCCGCCGCUGCUCCAGACAUACGUCUGCGACUCUUGUACAUAGCUUGACUUGUUGACAUGCUUGUGUAAGCAUUUUUUUUUCAUUCCUAAGAGAGGUGGUAUGAUUGAUUCCCUCGAUAUGUGACGUGUUCCAUUCCUGAGCCGCCUCUGCCAUUGUUCAUGACACCCGAAUGUGAGAACAUCCAAGCUUAGUGGAUGAAAAACUGUUAAUGGCAAAUUUGCUCUACAUUAUCCUACAAUAAAAUGACGUUACGCAGAAGUAUAGCGCGUGGUGACGUAAGAAGCUUGAAAAUACGAGCAUGAUUCAAGGGGAUCACUCAUGCAGAGCUGUCGUAUCUAAGACUUAUCAAAAGUUGAGCAGUAUUAUGACUGGUCACAAGUGUGUCUUGGCGAUAUGUUGCGUUCUUUCCGUUCUUUGUUGCAAAACCCAUUGUACUCAUUUUUUGUUUCGUCAUGUAUGUACCUAAGUCAUGCUUACGCACGCGCAGUGGUGACCUACGGAAAUGUGAAGAACUGUGCUAUAUGUAAGCCAUCAGGGAUUGUGUCACCAAGGAACCCUUAGGCCACCAUGUCCAUGGGCAUUUGACGUCGGAAGUCUGAUUUGUUUUUUGUUAGUUUUUUCGUUGAUUUUGUGUUUUCUUGGAGAAGUUGCUUGCGAAUAUACUCCAGAAUGUUCCUCUCAGAGUGGCAUUGCAGAGUUGUCCUAGUCCUCUCUUUUUUUCUAUCGUUACCUUCUACAUAUGUUUUUUUUUUCGUGUUGUAAAUACGAGCUUUCCUUUUCUUCGACAAAUGACUUUGUAGGAUCAAUAAAAGUGAACUAUGAAGAAA